CUGAGGACGUCAUAAAGUUCUCCACGUGGUUUAAUCGGGAUGCUAAUUUAGCGACGCUCCCUCCACGCCGCUCCGUAAACAUACGUAUCUGAAGACCGUUAGACGGGAUUUUGGCGACACGCCCUAACGCAGGGUAGGAACGCUGUGACGUCUUCAGGUACACAUUCAAGAUGGCGGCGGCUGAGGAGACAGCGGCAGCGGGGACUGCCGCGGCCCGGGCCCUGGACCCCGCCUCGUCCCCUGACUCUGGAGACUGUCCGGCCGUGGCGGCCCCGGGGACCCUGGGCCUUACGGACCUGCCCGGAGAGCUGCUGGAGCUUAUCCUUUGCUGCCGCUCGCUGGGCGCCGCCGACCUGGGCCACGUCGCCUGCACCUGCCGGCGGCUGCGCGAGCUGUGCCAGGGCGGCGGCAACGUGUGGCGGCGGCAGUUCCGAGAGAGGUGGCCGUCCCUCCUCAAGUACUACAGCCACACCGAGGGUGUGAACUGGCUGGAAGAGUACAAAGCCCGCCAGGGCGCCGGUCUGGAAGCCCGAAGAAUCGUUGCCUCAUUCUCUAAACGGUUCUUCUCAGAGCAUGUCCCUUGUAAUGGCUUCAGUGACAUUGAGGACCUUGGGUGCCCAGGACACUUUUUUGAGGAUGAACUGAUGUCCAUCCUUAAUAUGGAAGGAAGGAAAGCUUUGACCUGGAAAUACUAUGCCAAGAAAAUCCUUUAUUUCCUACGACAACAAAAGAUCUUGAAGAAUCUGAAGGCGUUUCUUCAGCGGCCAGAGGACCACGAAUCAUUUCUAGAAGGUGCUGUGUUAAUUGACCAGUAUUGCAAUCCUCUUGCUGAUAUCUGCCUAAAAGAUAUACAGGCUCAAGUUGAAAGUAUUACAGACCAAGUUCGCAAAGUCCUACGUGGGAAAAACUGUCGCCACCCCAGCUUGGCCUUCAAGGCAGGCGGGGCCAUGAUCACUGAAGGGGAGCUCCAGAGCCAGGUCCUGGAAGCCAUCAACUACGUCCUUUAUGACCAGCUAAAGUACAGGGGCAACCGGAUGGAUUACUACAAUGCCCUGAACCUGUAUAUCCACCAGGUUUUGGGCCGAAGAACAGGAAUUCCAAUUAGUCUCUCUGUCCUCUAUUUAACAAUUGCCAGACAGCUAGGAGUCCGACUAGAGCCAGUUAACUUCCCUAGUCACUUUUUGCUGAGAUGGUGUCAAGGCACAGAAGGGAGCCAAGACAUCUUUGACUACAUCUACAUCGACGCCUUUGGGAGAGGCAAGCAGCUGACCGUGAAGGAGUGCGAGUAUCUGAUUGGCCACCACGUGACCGAGGAAUUCUACGGCGUCGUGAGCUCCAAGAAGGUUCUGCAGCGGAUGGUGGGAAACCUCCUGAGCCUGGGAAAGCGGGAAAGCACGGAUCAGUCUUACCAGCUCUUAAGAGACUCCUUGGAUCUGUAUCUGGCCAUGUAUCCAGACCAUGUACAGCAUCUCCUGCUCCAGGCCAGGCUCUACUUCCACUUGGGAAUUUGGCCGGAAAAGGUCUUGGACAUCCUGCAGCACAUCCAGACCCUGGACCCCUCCCAGCACGGGGCGGUGGGCUACCUGGUGCAGCACACCUUGGAGCACAUCGAGCGCAAGAAGGAGGAGGUCGGGCUGGAGGUGAAGCACCGCUCGGAGGAGAAGCACCGCGACGUCUGCUACUCCAUCGGGCUCAUCAUGAAGCACAAGAGGUACGGUUAUAACUGCGUGAUCUACGGCUGGGACCCGACGUGCAUGAUGGGGCACGAGUGGAUCCGAAACAUGAAUGUGCACAGCCUCCCUCACGGGCACCAUCAGCCGUUCUACAACGUCCUGGUGGAAGACGGCUCUUGUCGGUACGCGGCCCAAGAGAACCUGGAGUACAACAUGGAGCCUCAGGAGAUCUCUCACCCCGACGUGGGCCGCUAUUUUUCAGAGUUCACCGGCACGCACUACGUGGCCAACGCGGAGCUGGAAAUCCGGUACCCGGAGGACGCGGAGUCUGUGUGUGAGACGGUGCAGAACAUUUACAGCGCCACGAAGGCGGACAAGGAGUGAGGCGGCCGGAGACAGCGAGUGCAUCCCCGCCGCCGCCCCGCGCGCCCCUGCCACCCGCGCCAGGGGCCUCCUCCGUUACACCAGGAGCGCCGUGCCGGCUCCCCGGGACGGCCCCUUCCUCCGCGCCAGGGACGCCUCCGAUGCAGCAGUGAGCGCCCUCGAGGCCUCACGGCCGGCCUCGUGUCUCGCCUCCGAGCCGUUCUGAAGCUUGUGCUUGGGGUGGCUCGUGCCCGUGAAGAGCCUGAGGAGCGAGAGGGGGCUUCAUGUUUCUAAGUCGGGUCUCCCUCCGAGGGCCUGCGCUCCUCGGCCGAAUUUGCCUUCUUCAUCCACGAGCUCAUGAACGUUUGGAGGUGGCCUUGCACGUGACCCCAGGCGUGCGGGGAGAGGCGGCUGGGCCUCUCCUGCCGGAGGCCCCCUCAUUUCAGGCAGUUGAACAGCCAUCGCGGAAACACGAAAUGGGGGCGCUUCUCCGAAGUGUGGGGAGCCCCGUCCGCCGCCCCGCUCCCGGCUCCUCCCGCUGCCUCAUGAGUUCAUGGGGGCCCCCCUUUCUGUCCCUUUAGGCCCCUUGAGAAUAUUCGUGAUAGACGUGGGCUUCGAUCGGUUUUUCUGUGCGAACCCAGCGUGGUGGCCUUGAAGCCGCUUAAAUUCCGUAAAUGGGGCUCUUCUUCCGCCAGGAGGGGUCCUUUCCGAGGGACGCGCCGCACCCACCGGCGCCCUGCCCGAUGCCGAGCCUCCCCGAACCCGCGCGGACAGUUUGAUGACCCGGCUCCCUUUCCCCGGACAGCUCAGCCCCGCAGAGAGGGAGAAGGAGACGGACUGUCUGAGCCCCGUAGGGAGGAGCGAGGGCCGGCGAGCGUGGGGCACAAACUAGGGGCCGUCGCAGGGCGACGCCGGGCGCGUCUUCUUUGAGAUUCCCUUAGUGUGGAAGCACCACGCGGAGAGGCGGCCUUGUUGAAGGGAUCCCUCGUGCUUUUCAGACGCCUGGCAGCCCCCGAUGCGCCAGGCCCGGCCCCUCCUCCCCUCGGGGAGGCCGCGAGCCCUCUCCACCCCUUCCCCUCCGUCCCGUCUGCGGAUGUGCAUGCACUCUUUCUCUAUGUGUGGAUGAGCAGUUCAUGUUUAUCAGUAAGGCCUGGUGACCGCUGCAGCCCUGGGGGAAGCCGCCACAGACCACCAGAUAGGAAAUGAAGGCCAGAAUAGCACUCGACGGCCUCCCCACUGAAGGAAAGGCGCUCCGGGCCGGACGUGGGCCAGCUUCCAAGGAGAGCCCAUCCUUAGCAGUGACAUCCAACGGGGGCUGAUCAGGAAAUGGUUGGGUUUGACUUUGCUGAAACCACUGUCAGCAUGUCCUCAGCCUGUGCAUAAAGGGGCUCUUCGGGGGACCCUUGGGGUGGGGCCGGUUCUUCACGUCAGCCGUCAUUGGGCACUUUCUCUUUUUCUGAAAGCCUCUUCUGGACCCCCCCCCCCCCGUGCCAAUCCAUUGUCAUCCCUCUGAAAAUUGCCAAAACGUGUGUCCAGCAGGCAGCGCACUUCCCCAAAAGCCUGCGCUUUGUGGGACGCCACACAGUGAAAGUGGGACAGCCGUGCAUGGCUGCCGUCGCCCAGGGAUUCGUUCUGAUAAGCCUGUGACUAAUCAUUCAGAAUAAAUGUUUGUCGUGCAGAAA